UCUGGGAACUCCUGGGACAGGAAGCGAAGGGGGGAGGGGCAGAGGGGAGCCCGGUGAACUGCACCCCAGCGCCCCGGACCGGACCCCUCCCAAACUUGCAGUGAGGAGCGAGUCCCAGGGGCAGCUGAUGCCAGGUGAGAAGCACUCGGACACUCGGACACACGGGCUCGGGGUUCUCGCCCAGACCAGCCACUCCGGGUACCCCUGCCCCACUUCUUCUGGCUCUGGUGCCUACUUGUCCUGGGGCCUGGGCUGUGUGAGAGACCUGGGAGCCCGGCCCCCCUACUUUAAUAGCCUCCAGCAUUAGCCGAGAACCCAGCCUCAGCCGACCCAGCUCCUGCCCCGGACCCAGCAUGGCCAAGGACUGUCAAGACAUCCAGCAGCUGGACUCUGAGGACAGCGACCAGCAGCUGGGCGGAGGUGAGGGGCCGGGUCCUUGCGGGCAUGGCCCCAGGAGAGAAGACCGGUUCUGUAGAAGGUUGCCUCCCCACCGGCCCCUUCUGCUGCAGCGUCUCUGCUCUGGAUUUCGCCUCAGUCUGCUUGUCCUAGGCUUCAACGUCCUGAUGCUGGUGGUGAUCUGUGUGAUCGGGUCCCAACGAGCUCAGCUAGAAGAGGAGCUGCGGAUCCUUAAAGAGAACUUCAGCCACUUCUCCUCAGGGGUCCUGAUGGAGCUCGGUGUCCUCCUCUCCAAUGGGGGCGGUGCCAGUAGCCAGCUGACCUCUCUGGAAGCCAAGCUGGAGAAACAGCAGAGGGACGUGAAGGCAGAUCACGCCACCCUGCUCCUGCACCUGAAGCACUUCCCCUCGGACUUGCGCAUCCUAACGUGUCAGGUGGCGUUCUUCCAGAGCAACGGCACCGACUGCUGCCCCGUCAACUGGCUGGAGUACGAGGGCAGCUGCUACUGGUUCUCCCGCUCCGGGAAGACCUGGCCGGAGGCCGAGAAGUACUGCCAGCUGGAGAGCGCGCACCUGGUGGUCGUCAACUCCAGGGAGGAGCAGAAGUUCAUCCUACAACACACGAACCCCUUCGAUACCUGGAUAGGUCUCACCGAUAGUGACGGCUCCUGGAGAUGGGUGGAUGGCACGGAUUAUCAGCAGAGCUACAAGAACUGGGCGGCCACCCAGCCAGACGACUGGCAGGGCCACGAGGUGGGUGGAGGCGAAGACUGUGCUGAAGUCCGGGCCAACGGCCGCUGGAAUGACAAUUUCUGCAAGCAGGUGCAGCGCUGGGUGUGCGAGAUGAGGCGGAACAUGACGGGUUAGGAGCCCGCCCCCCGCCCUGCUCCCAGCUCUCCGCUGGGGGUUUCAAAGGAAGGAAAAACAGAGGUGGAGGGGGAGCUGUAAGAUCUGGGACCCCCAGAGACACUGCAGUCCUGCCUCCUUUGGCAAGUCACUGUUCUGGUUAUAAUAUGGAGCCCGCUCAGCAGGGUACGGAGAGAAGAUGCAAGUACUUGGAAUUGUGUGAACUGGUCGUUCAGGACUGGGAGAUGUGGGGAGCAAAGGGGAGGGGGGUUCCUGAAGAGACACAUUUAGUCCUUGACGGCUGCUCCUUGAGACUGAUCCUGAGGGAUACAGGUCAGGGAGGCUGGGGGUGGGGCUUGGAGCACAGAUGCUCUGCUGGAGGCCGUGGGUGGGGGCAGAGGGCCUGGGGAACAACUCCCCCCACCCCUGUGGGAUUUCCUGCAGAAGAGGCUUCAGGGAACAAUGGUGCUCCCCCCAACCGUGGGGGCGAUGGCCCCACUGCCCGGCCUGUGGAAAAUGCUCACUAAGGGAAGGGGGGUCCAGGGUGCUGUGCCCUGUCUGCAGUGGGACCUCCUUUUCCGGACUCCUAACAGCACUGGGUGUCACGAGCCACCUCCAUAGUGGCCACAUUGCACCUUGUAAAAUCAUUCUGAAGCUGAUAAUAAGAGGCUCUUUAGGGGGAUCCCUGGGUGGCUCCGCGGUUUAGCGCCUGCCUUUGGCCCGGGGUGUGAUCCUGGAGUCCCGGGAUCAAGUCCCACGUCGGGCUCCUGGCAUGGAGCCUGUUUCUCCCUCCUCCUGUGUCUCUGCCUCUCUCUCUGUGUCUAUCUCUAUCAUAAAUAAAUAAAUAACUCUUUAAAAAAAAUAAGAGGCUCUUUAGACAA